AUGGCAUAUAGCGCGCCUGAAGAAGUGAUCCCAACCGAUUACCGUCAAGAUUAUCCAGACUUUCCUGCGUAUAUCGAGACACCGUCUAUUCCAUAUUUAUUAGAUGCGGUGAUUGAUUACAACAAAGACCGUUUUGGUGGGCAGUUGACAUUCCGUGCACCAAAUUCGAAAGUGCCACGCGUCGGUCCUGAUGCAUCGAUUGAAGAGCGUAUUACUUAUAUUCUUCAGUCUGAAAUUAACCCUGGUCUAGCAGGACAUGGUGGUAACUGUGCAUUGGUUGAAGUUGUUGAAGAUGAAGAGCAUGGUUUAACGGCUGUACUGAAAUUCGGUGGUGGUUGCCAAGGUUGUUCAGCAAUUGAUGUCACGUUGAAACAGGGUGUUGAAACGACUCUGCAACAACACAUUCCUGAGUUACGUCGUGUUAUCGACCAGACGGAUCAUACGCAGGCAGAAGGCGCGUACUUCAAAUAA